AUGCCAGUCGUAAAGAAGACCUUGAAGGGCAAGGCUACAUCCAGCCAGCGAAAAAAUACCGUCCAGCCGUCGGUCCUGGAGACCGUCGUCGCAUCAUGGCCUCGCCGCGGGCUUCGCUGGGCCGCAGAAACACAUUGGGGUCCAGAGGCAGAUAUAGCCCGCAUCCGCGCGGACCCUGUCGCCUACGAUAUUAAUCGCUGGAUUAUCAAGGGGUAUGGCCUCGUUGUGCCGGGCGCUUCUCUCGAGAACUACAUCGACCGGAGCCUAGCCGUGAUCAUCGACGCCUUCACAGCCCUGCUCCCGAGCCUCGUCCCGCUCGAGGGCAUGGAGUUUUGGUAUCUGAUGACGAGAAUAACCCGCCACGUGAACAAAAUCACAGAGGGUGCCGUCCGUGACGCCAUCUUCCACGUGGCUCAUGCGCGGGCCCGCUGGCUCCUCGGGACAAAGGUCCGCCUCCGGGGCAACCGAGGCGCAUGCGUCACCGCCAUCGAGCGAUUGCGGACAACCGUUGGACGCAACUGUAUAUUUGUCAGGCCCGUUAUUCAACGCAUGAAGAUGAGAGCUCAGCUGGGCGCAGUGGGCGAGGCUAUGACUAGGGACUUUCUCUGCGACGAAGAGCUCGGGACUAUUGAGCAGUACGAGUGCAAGAUUGAGGCCGAGAAACUUUCGUCGGAGAUGCAGGCCCUCACUCUUGACCAAAAAGAACGAGGGGAGAAACGCUGA